AUGUGCGGGCAUAGGGAGGAGUCCGAACACAGCAACAGCAAAGAGGGGGCUUCAGAUAAUGAGGGAGGAAACACAGAGUCCAAUCACAGCAAGGACAAAGAAGGGGAUUCAUACUGGAACAAAGAAUGCUUUGGGAAAGAGUUAGACAUGGAAAAUGUAGACCCCUCCACGCUAUGCAAUCUCCUAUCUCGGUUUUACUGUGAGGCCAGGCCUAAAUCCAACAACGCAGAUGAGACCAUCUAUCAGAAAAACACUUUAAGGAGCAUCCGGUCCGCCAUUAACCGUCAUCUUUUUGAUCUGAAAAGACAAAUCGACAUUGUUAAAGGAGAAGAGUUUCGUGCCUCUAAUGGGAUACUGGAAGGGCUAUUCAAGGAAAGAAAACGCCUUGGGUUAGCAAAAUCAACCAAACAACCACCGCUGAUUGACCCUGAUGACCUAAAGAAAAUAUCUACCUACCUUCAACAAGCACCAGAAUCGGCUGUUAUCUUACGUCAGGCAGUAUGGUAUUUUCUGACGAUUCAUUAUGUGACCAAUUACAUGGAAUUCUUUCAUCAGCUGAAAAUGGAUAGUUUUGAAUUUAAAACCGAUGGGGUUGGUGAAUAUGCAAUAAUUAAACCUGAGACAUUAGGAGACAACCACGGAGUUUCCAAGGGUCAUUUGAAAAGGAGGCUGUAUGCUGUGGGGUCAGACGGUGGUAUUUGUCCAGUAAAAUUACUGAAACUUAUGAUCGAGAAAACUGACAAAACUGCCAUUCGGCUCUUCAAUAAGUACAGAAAAUAUGUUUGGAUGGACGUAGACGAAGAAUGGUUUACAGCAAAACCUAUAGCAAAGAGAACGUUUGGAACCGUUCUUCCUCAAAUAUGCAAGGAUGCUGGUGUAAUAAAUAGGUACGCACCCCAUAGUCUGAGAGCAACCGUGCUGGCUUAUCAGAAUGAAGGAUAUGAACCACCAGAUGUGAUGUUCAUAGCAAAUCUAGCUAACGAGGACUAUGCUAGAUCACACACACGAUGUUCUCUUACUGACGGAAGGCCCCUCAGCAGCACAUUUAUGUCUCUUCCAUCUUCUCAAAGCCAUGUUUUAAUUUCCGAUUCUACGGAUGAAUCAGAUAGUUGUGAAUCAUAA